AAAAAUAUUAAACUCUGAAUUUGUUUCGGCACAUUAUUUUAUGUUUGAUUUUAUCUUCUCCUUGUUCGUGGGACCCAGAUCUAAACAUAUUCUUCAGAUCUUCCCCACCUCAUGUGUUUCAGCUUCAGAGAAAAUCUGAGUUACUUUCAACGACAUACAAGUUUUUCUCUUUCAAAAUUUUGAAUUCGAUAGACGUUUGGUUGACGAGGAAAACUAUAUCCAGAGAAAAGAUUUCUGGAGCUGAAUAAAAGAGCUUCUAGAUUUUUGUAUUUUCCAUUUUCUGGAUUUUUUUUUCUGGCCGUAGAAUUUAAUCUGAAGCUGAAAUGGGUGAAUCUGCUGUUUUGGUUCAUUCGUAUUCGUUCGCAGCUCCUAUUACCCGUAACGACUCUCAUGAGGAUAAUACGGUCCACGCGCUUAGCCAGUCAAUCUCAUUUGGGAAAUUCAUGACGGAGAAUCUUGAAUGGGGAAAAUGGUCAAGCUUUUCACACAAGAAGUAUGUAGAAGAAGCAGAGAAAUACUCGCGUCCCGGAUCUGUUGCGCAGAAGAAAGCCUUCUUUGAAGCUCACUACAAGAGAAUAGCCGAAGCCAAGAAAGCAGCAACCGAAGAACAACCAACCGUUACUCCUGCUGAAGUUUUGCUUCACACUUUGGAAACUCAGCCUCCCCUGAAUCUGCAACAAGACGAAGAGAUCGAAAGGAAAAGUAUUCAGAUCGAUGAUGUUGGUCCAGAUAACAAGCCCGUUGUUGUUGUGGAUGAUUCAUUGCUUGUGAAUGAAUUGGAAGAAAAAGACAAGGAGAAUGGGUUGAUUGGUGAUGAUGAUGAUGAUGACAAGGAGAAGAAGCAAGAGGAGGAGGAGUUGAAGGAGGAUUGGUCUGUUGGUGAAAAGAAGAAAGAGAGGAGAUCGAUAGCCAAGAACAGACCGGUGUUUAGAUUGUCUCUGGAGAAAACAAUCCCUCCAAAGUCUGUAGAUACAGCGACAGAGAUUGCUUUAUCAGAGAAAAGAAGCGAAAGACCAAUAACUCUGCAGAGUUCAGAGGAGAAUGAAGAGAAACUGGUUCACCGCCAGAGAUUCAGUUUCUUGAACUGUUUCAUUGGUAAUGCUAACACUCAAGAUCAGAAUCAGAGCAGGAAGAAGAGAAAGGCGGAGAAAAAGAAACAGAAGAAGCAGUUUCUGUGUCUUUGUUUGAAGCCAAAGACUGUAAGAGAAUCAUCAUAAGUGAGCCAAACAAGCAUAAAGAAAACAACUUUGAAGAAACUCUUUGGAAAACAGAAAACGCUACACAAGUCUGGAAAUGGCAAUUGGGAGAGAAUAAAUAGAUCGAUUUCGGGUUUUCGAAAACUCAGAUCGUUCGAGCAAGCUUUUAGUGAUUAAAAACACAACGCUUUCGUUACGUAGAUGGCACCGAUAAUGCUCUUUUUUGUGAAAAGAGUCUGAGUGCAUAGGGAAAAAAACUGGAAAAAUAGCUUCUUCUUGUUAUAUACUUUGUUUCUGUUAUGUAAUGAAGAACAACUCCAGUUUCUUUACUUUAA